UUGUUAGACUGAUCUGGUCCAUUGCAAAAAUGAGACCCCGAUCUUUUUGGAUGAGAUGCAUUCAUGUCACGUUUAUGAUAAAUAUGCUAAACUGUGUUCCUAUGCUUCUGCCAAAUUAUGAAGUUUCCCAGUAUGCUGGAGGGCUGCAGUUGUCUACAAUGUUCUACCUACGUCCAGCUUACUGCCUAUAUGAAGAAUGGACCAAUAAGGUAGUAAAUCCAUCUGUAGCUGUCCGAGAAACUUCAACCAUUACUGUGCAAGUACAGACUGACGGUGACAACAGUACAUAUGCCCUUCCAUCUGGAUUCAUUGUCCCACAGUGUAGACCAUUGUUUGCUGAUCUUCAAUCGACAGGACCAGAUGCUUAUUCGGCUGGACCAUAUAUUAACACCCUUGACAAAAGUCGUGUCCAAAGUAUACUGCCAGGGCAUGCUUACAAAUUCCGCUUUGUAUUACUGAAUGCUGCCAAAGCUGAAAUGGCUUACACCAAUUGGUCUCUGCCUUUUUACACUAGAGAUUUGCCACAAAGCCCCAGUGACAUGUAUGUCUCCUUAACUGGGCGUUCCGGGGGUAUGGUUGUAAUCACGGUACUUCUCAGCAUUGCCAUGUUUAUUCUCCUAGUUGGGCUUGCACUUGUUUUUGUUACAAGAAAACCCUAGUACUAUUUCACUAGCAUUUGACACUGUGACUUUAUUUGCAGCAUUCUGAAAUGCCUUUCACUUCUAUUAUAGAUGAUAGAAAGUUUGAAUGUCUUGUUGGU